UAUUUCAUUGAUCAAGAAAGGUAUUUCUACUUAUUGUUCUUCCACAUAAACACAGUUAUGAUUACUGGAUGUUUCACAUUGGGAGCGACAGGAACAAUGCUUGUUGCAUAUCUUCAUCAUGCAUGUGGAAUGUUUAAAAUUGCUAGUUAUCGCAUUGAGAGAGCAAUACACAUUUAUAUUAAAAAAAGUAUUAACUUGCAAAACGAGUUUUUGGCUCAUAAAAGCAUGGUUUGUGCUGUGGAUAUUCAUCGAAAAGCUUUAACAUUUUCCAAUGAUCUAAUAUCCAGAUUUGAAAUAUCGUUUAUGUUUUUAAUAGCAGUCGGAGUGCUUAGUUUAAGCUUAAAUAUUUUUCGAGUCUUUCAAAUUAUAUUAUUUGGAUAUAAUAAGGAAGAAUUUCUAGUUAAUAUUGCAAUUGCAUUUCUAAUUACUUUAUAUAUGUUUACGGCUAAUUUCAUUGGACAACAAAUUAUAGAUCAUAAUAAUCACAUAUUUGUCACUGCAUAUGAAGUGCGGUGGUAUAUAACACCUUUACGCAUACAAAAGUUGAUACUAUUUCUGCUGCAAAGAGGCAAUAAGAGUUUUGGUUUAUGUGUUGGUGGAUUGUUUGUAGCAUCCUUAGAAUGUUUUGCCACGCUCACCAAUGCAUCUAUAUCUUAUUUUACUAUUAUGUAUUCAGCACGAUCAUAAAAAUAUAACUAUCCAUUAAUAUUACAAUGAUGAAAAAUGUUAAUGAAAGACAGCAUUUAAUCUCAUGUCUUUAAUAUAUCUAAAAAAAUAAA